AUGACUACACAAGAAGUUCUUGUGACUGUGAAGGGUCAUGCUCGACUUAUCGAGAUUGAUACGAACACGGUGACGAUGGAUUCCAUAUGUCGGCAGAUCAAAAUUGCUGUAGGUUUAGAUGAUGACACGCCCACUUUAAUAGAAAUCUACAAUGCCAAAUGGAAGAAUUUUGUUGCAUUUACCAAAAUUAAACAACUUUAUCAAGAGAGAAUGAUUCAUUUUCAAUUAGAUGAAGUAACAAAUCUGCCAGAUCUAAAUUUACUGAUUCCAGAGGUAGAAAAAUUAAAAUGUGUGGACGAUAAAUGGAGUGGCACAUUCAAAUCUCUAGGAGCAGCGAUGAGCGUCACAUUUCAACAUAUUUCGAAUUCGAAAAAUGCCACAGCAUUACAAUUAUUGAAUGGUUGUUUAGCAGGACUGAGAAAUCCGAACCAAGAUUUAUUCUCAUUGCUUAACUCAUUUCUUCGCAAAGCUGAUGGGCAAAACCAUUGUGAAAACAUAUGCUCAAGUAUUGACGCUCUGUUGAAAAACAAAGGCAAUUCUGUUAAUCCUCAAGAUUGCGCAGAAUUAUGUAAAGUAUGUGUUGAAUCAAUUGGAACCGUAGGCAAUGCCUUAUUAUAUAGCAUGUCAUUUGGUUUUAUGAUAGCUAUAGCAAGUCAAUCCUAUCAAAUAUGGAGAACUUAUAACGAAAUAAAACAAGCGCAGAAUAUCAUAGAAGAUUCAAAGCAAUUGUUAACGAUGAUUGAUGAAAAGAUCAAAGGUAUUGAAAAUAGAUUAAAAUUGAUACGUCAAACAAUUGAGCACAAUAACAAUAAUUUAACAAGAGAUGGAAUUCUUCAAAUGCAAAAUCUUGCUAAAGAAACUGAUAAUAUUUGUAACUCGGUCAAGCAAGAUCUUGACAAAAUAAAAAUAAAUAUCAAUAACGAAGUCAAGUAUUUGAAUAUUUAUGGUACACAGCAUAUAGUAGAUACUGUUACAAAUAUUGCACAAGGAGCAAAUGCUAUUCAUACACUUUAUCAUGUCUGGGAUUCCUUGUCAAAUGCGUCGUCGACUGUAAAAACAGUUGCUGCGGUUACUGGUACUUUAUUUACUGCUAUGACAGUGGUGAAUAUGGCUUAUACAAUAAUUACAAAAGAGAAGAUCAAAGAAUUACGACAGAUAGCCGAGCACUGUGAAAAAUUAAAAGCAAAUGCCGAAAGCUACGAGAAAACUAUUGUUCAUUUAAAUCAGUUCUUACAACAAUUAAUGCGAGACGCUGAAGACGUUGAUUGA